AUGCCUGUCCAGAACACCACCAUCGAGAAACAGAUCCAGGUCCUAAAUCAAGGCUUCAACAGCACGCCGUUUCAUUUCACUCUCGCAGGAAUUAGCCGGAAUAUCACCCGUCUGCCCCCGGCCACCAACCCGAGUAUGGACGCUCGAAUGGCCUUCUGGUUCAAGUACCGCCAAGGCAACUACCGUAGCCUGAACUUGUACUAUAUAAGCGGCUUUUACGGUGGCCAGUGCACUUUUCCAAGCAUGCAGGCGGCGUUGGAGUCGUCGGCUGACUUCUUUCUGGAUGGCUGCACCAUGGGCGCCGACACAACGCCCGGCAGCAGCGGCCUGUUUGGGGCCGGGACGACGACCAUCCAUGAGGUUGGGCACUGGAUGGGCUUGCUUCACACGUUUCACGGCGGAUGUAGCUCCGAGUAUGGUGAUUUUGUAGCGGAUACACCAUUUGAAUCCGACGCACCUAGCAAACUUGACCAAACCUUUGAAGAGUGCCCAGUCGGUCGUGAUAGUUGCCCUGACUUGCCUGGGCUUGACCCUAUCCAUAACUAUAUGGAUUAUACCUCGGAAGUUUGCCGUUCCGAAUUCACCCCUGGUCAGAUUGAUCGGAUGAAGUCGAUCUGGGCAUUAGUGCGCAACGUUAGGACAUCUUCUGGAGUAAAGAGCUAG